GUUUGCGCAAGCUUUACAUUGAAAAUGGGAACUGCUUGUCAAUUCAAUUGGUUUUAUUCAAUGGCCAUGAACAUUUUACAAUACUGAACAUAAACCAAGAAAAUGUGGCAAAUUUGUAUUUAAUACAUUAUAGAGACUGCAGCUAACUACACACAACUUACAUCUUGGCAGUAAGUAAACAAUACCCGCUGGCGGGCCGAGAUACUUACAACCACAAACGCGGGACCAAAUCCUGAAUAGUGGCACUGUGUAGCCUCAAACUAUGUUAAGAAUGCCAAAUUUUACCGAUGAUUUGGAGAAUUGGAUGGGCAAUCUUCCACAAGAAUUAAAAAACAUUCCAAUAAUACAUCUCGCCAUCCCCGGGUCCCAUGAUACUAUGUCGUAUGGAAUCAAGAAUAAAGCUCCAGUGGCACCAGAUGCUGAUCCCGUUGUUGGGACGUUGAAUAAGUUCAUUCCAUGUGUCGUUAAGCGCUGGGCCGUCACACAACGUUACGAUAUUGUUGAUCAAUUGAAAAGUGGAGUAAGAUAUUUUGAUCUCCGAAUCUGCAUGAAACGACCGGAAAACAAAUUCUAUUUCGUGCAUGGAUUAUUUUGUGAAGAAAUCACUGAGCCGCUCGAACAUCUGAAAGAUUUUCUUCGUACUCAUCCACGAGAAUUUAUUGUACUUGAUUGUCAGCAUUUCUACCUAUUCAAUCCAACCGAUCAUUGCGUGCUUUCAGCCGAACUGAACCGAAUAUUCGACAAAAAAAUCUACUCACGUAACGUCAGUCAGCUCAAAGACUGUACAUUGGAAUCGGCCACUGAGAAUGGUAAACAGGUUCUUAUUGUGUAUAGAAGUGAUGCAUGUGUGAACGAUCGCUUUUGGCUCAGUCAGGACUGGCCAACGCCAUGGCCUAACGAAAUAAGCGUGAAGAAGUUGCGAAAAUACCUGGACGAAUCUCUCGCUCAACGUAAUCCAGAUGUUGGUUUUGUGUCCCAAUGUGUUCUCACGCCUAGCGUUCGAUACAUAGUGCCACGUUUUACCUCUUCCUUGCGAACAACCUGUGCCAAAGAGGUCGAUAAAAAACUAACAGACUGGAUCAAAGCCCAGAUACCGGGUCCAUUUGAAGCUGACGAAAGGCCUAAAUCAAAUGUUUUCCUGGCAGAUUUUGUCGAUAUUCAGAACAGCAACUUUUGCAGAAACGUCAUAGCAUUGAAUAAAAAAAUUCUUGAAAAAAACAAUAGUGCACAAAAUUCUCCGUCGCGAAAGAGUAUCUAAAAGUUGAAAAAAUGUGUCAAAGACAAUCAUAAAAAUUUUCUAUAUAAUAUUUAUUACUGUAACGUAUUAGGUCCAAUAGCACUGAUAUAAAUUAGAUAGGUAAAUACUUUUGGAUGUAACUAUAGACAUUCAAUGUACGUAUUUUUGUGGAAAUAUGUGGAUGUUUGAAUAAUAAGUAUCGAGCGAAUACUAAAAUAAAUUUUUGGCUGUAGCAGUUAACUAAAAUGAGUUUGAUAGCAUAAUUCAGUAGCCAAAUAUAAGGUCAGUUUCUAAUUCGAUGUUCUCGCGCAGACUUUCACUAGUCAAUCAUGCAAACGGAAAAACUUUAUCAUUAGACUGAAUAAUGUAGUUUUGACUGCAAAACAAAAAAUUGAUGAAUUGUAGAUUGAAGAGCAAAUGACCUAAAUGUUAAAAUCGGGGUAAAAUAAAUUAAUAUAGUAAUAUUUAUUGAAGAUAUGUAUGAAAUUUUAUGUGAAAUUUAUGUAUAAACAAUUUCUUAGAUAAGUCUAAUAAUAAGUUGAAACUAGUUAGUAAGAAAGUCUUGGCACAAUUCUCAUUUUUGUUAACUUUAGGAUCAUGUAAUGAAGUGCUGGCACAAAUUUGCACGUACCUUAUAACAUCCCACCGUAAUAUUAGAUGUACAACAGUUUUGAAAAUAAUAAUACAGAAAAAGUGGCCAAAAUUCAUCUGAAGACUACCAAAGAAUUUAAAAUUAAAUAAAUGAAAGAAUCAAAUAUCUGAAAUCACAAGAAUCGUGAUUUUCUGUAAUGCUAGUUUACUUAUCCAUUUUAGCGAUAGAUGAAUUGGAUUGAAUUGUAUCCAUUUUAUUUAUACGUUUCAUCAACCUCAGGCGAAUUCAAUUUAGAUGAUAGGCACAUACUGUUACAUAUUGUUUCUCAAAAUGAACUAAAAAUUAUAGCAAAACAUGAAUAACGUAGACAGCUGGAAAGAUUCUGAUGUAAAUUGAGGACAAUGUAUAGUGAAAUAUUGAUUUGUAUUAUUUUACUAUAUUAAAAUACUGUGCUACUGCUUUUUGUAGAAAUUCUGGAUUGUAAGUUAACAGUAACUAUAUUUCAGGUAUAUUUCAAAUGUAUCAAAUGAACAGAAAUCUGUUAUCGUACAAAGAAAAAAAAUGAAAGAUUUGUGAUCGACCUCUAUGUAGCAUGAAUGUAUUAUUUAAUAAUUUUACAAAAGAAUUUAAUAGGAUAGUCGAAGUAUUAAAUA